AUGGUGACGAACAUUUCAGACAUGUCUCCCAAUGAAUUUGAAUCACUCUGUAGAACCCUGACCACUGCGAAGUCCAUGUGCCAGAACACACCAAGUUCAUCAAUCUGUGCUCUGGACGAUACUAGUUUGCCUUUGGAUCAAUACCGCCACGACGCGUUCAUUGCAUACAGCGGUGAGGAUGAAGCCACCAUAGAACCAGUUCUGCACCAGCUAAAGGAAUGUGGAAUCCAGUGUUUUUACGCCAAAGAAGACCUUGCACUUGGAACCUAUGUGAUUACUUCCAUUAUUGAGGCUGUCAGUUCAUCUAGGCAUACCAUCGUGUUCCUGUCCAAGAGUUUUAUCCAGAGUGAUUGGUGUCAGUUGGAGUUGCAGUAUAUCAUACAGAAUGCUAGAAAGUCUAAAGGGCAUGUCGUCAUUCCUGUUGUAAUGAACAUGGCGCCUGAGGAAAUCCCUGGGGAAUUAAGCAUCUGGAAAUAUAUUCUUUUCGACGAUGAAGAGCUCAUUCCGAUGUUUUUGGAAGCUAUAAAAGGACCAAGAGACACUCCGACGUAUGGUCAACUUCGACACGAGAACGAGGUUUUGCGAGACGAGAACGCUGAUUUACGAGAAAAGAACGAGAUUUUGCGAGAUGAGAAUGAAGUUUUACGAGACGAGGUCCGGCAUUUGACAACUAAACUUCGCCCACAAAACCGAUAAGUGGAUGUCAGUCAAUGUGACGUGAUUUUUUGUAAUU